ACAACCAACAUCAAAAUGAAGAAGUUCUGGUUCAAUAGAAACUUUUUUGUUUCAGAGGGUAGAGUCGAGGUUUCGAGAGAGAACAAGUUCCUAAGUAUCCUAGAUGCCGGUAAAGUUUUGGGAGAAUUAGCCAUACUUUACAAUUGCCAGAGAACUGCCACUAUCAAAGCUCACACCGACUGUAAAUUAUGGGCCAUCGAGAGACAAUGUUUCCAGACCAUUAUGAUGAGGACCGGACUCAUCAGGCAAGCAGAAUAUACAGACUUCUUGAAGAGUGUUCCAAUAUUCAAAACCCUCCCCGAAGAUACCCUGAUCAAAAUUUCCGACGUUUUGGAGGAAACGGUAUACGCCAAUGGAGACUACAUCAUCAGGCAAGGCGCUCGAGGUGACACCUUCUUCAUCAUCAGCAAAGGAAGGGUCAAAGUCACUAUGAGGAUGCCGGAUUCCAACGAAGAGAAAUUCAUCAGGCACCUCUCGAAAGGAGAUUUCUUCGGGGAAAAGGCGCUGCAAGGCGAUGACUUGAGAACGGCCAACGUCAUAGUGGAUGAUCCUGAAGGAGUUUCAACGCUUGUUAUCGAUAGAGAUACCUUCAACCAACUCAUAUCGAACUUGGAUGAAAUCAGAACGAAGUACAAGGAUGAACAGGUGGACAGAAGAAGGGUCAAUUCGGAAUACGACAACGUUACUCUGUCGGACCUGAAGAUACUGACAACCUUGGGAGUAGGUGGAUUCGGUAGAGUGGAACUGGUACAAAUAAACGGUAGACCAUCGAAGUCGUACGCCCUGAAACAAAUGAAGAAGGCUCAAAUCGUCGAAACGCGACAACAGCAACAUAUCAUGUCGGAGAAGGAAAUUAUGGGAGAAGCGAAUUGUGAUUUUAUUGUUAAGUUAUUUAAGACCUUCAAAGAUGCCAAAUAUUUGUACAUGUUGAUGGAGAGCUGUCUGGGAGGUGAACUCUGGACCGUUUUGAGAGACAAAGGACAUUUCGAUGACGCAACAACGAAAUUUUACACUGCCUGCGUAGUAGAAGCAUUCGAUUACUUGCAUUCAAGGAAUAUAAUAUACAGAGACUUGAAACCAGAGAACCUGUUGCUGGACAUUCGUGGUUACGUCAAAUUAGUUGAUUUUGGAUUUGCCAAAAAACUACAAACUGGUCGCAAAACAUGGACCUUCUGUGGAACGCCUGAAUAUGUCGCCCCGGAGGUUAUAUUGAACAAAGGUCAUGACAUUAGUGCCGAUUAUUGGUCCUUGGGUGUUUUGAUGUUUGAACUGUUGACCGGUACACCACCUUUUACUGGUUCUGAUCCAAUGAAGACUUACAACAUCAUAUUGAAAGGAAUAGAUGGUAUUGAUUUCCCUAGAUCGAUAACAAGGAAUGCCCAAGCUCUCAUAAAAAGAUUAUGUAGGGACAAUCCUGCUGAAAGAUUAGGAUAUCAAAAAGGAGGUAUCAGUGAUAUUCAAAAGCACAAGUGGUUUGAUGGAUUCAAUUGGGAAGGACUUCUCAGUCGAACGCUCACUCCACCAAUCCUGCCCAGAGUUCAAAACGUCACAGAUACAUCGAACUUUGAUAACUAUCCGCCCGACGAAAACGUGCCUCCACCUGAUGACAAUUCCGGUUGGGACAAUAAUUUUUAAUUUUUGAUGCAGAUUUUCUAAUUUCCUUUUGAUAUUCAAACUUAAGAACGUUACAGUUCAUGCGACAUAAAAACACCCCAACUUUUUUGUAGUUUAGAACAUCCGAAAAUUCUAAUUUGUGUCGGAAACCGCAAAGUGCCUUACAAAUGAUAUGCAAAUAAUUAUUGCAGGUUACUUUUUGAAUAUUUUAUUGUUACUGUGUUAUUUUUAAAGAUAUGAUUGUCUAUUUAUGGAAGUACAUGUCUAAGAUAUAUUUUUAUAUUGUAAAUUAUUCACCCUAAAGUGCCAAUACUCUUAGUAACAUUUAGGUUAGGGAUCAAUUUUUGAUAUCAUUCAUUUUAUUUUUUGGAACAUGACAGUAACUAAUUAAUCAUGUAUGAGUUGCUUGAAAGUGUGGCCUUGAAAAAUCUUUAGUGACAUUUCAACAAUUCAAUUCAAAUUUUAUGAAAUAACUUUUAUCUUUAAUUUCUGACACUUUUUUUGUAAAUAUUUUAAUGAAAGUUACCCCACUUUAUCAAUGUAUAUUUUUUGAAUUACAAUUAUGUUUUUUGCUGAUAAACUGUGAAUAAAUGUAAUUGAUAGCAAUAAAUAAGCUCAAUUGAA